GGGCUGCAGUGGGGGCCGGCGGCGGCGGCUGGCGGCCAUGCUGAGCAAGGCGGCUGGCGGGAGGCCCGCCAAGCCCUCCUUCGUGUCCUACGUGAGCCCUGAGGAAAUUCAUAUAAAGGAACCUGCAGGAAAGGAAGUUAAUCCUUACUUGCUACCAGGUGAACUGCUGCUUUGCGAGGCAAGCACAGUGUUCAAGUAUGUUCAAGAGGAUGGGUCAAAUCGAGGCACCUAUGGGAAACUUGUUUGCACAAACUUCAAGGUCGCUUUCCUGGGUUACGAGUCUGCUUCAGAUGAUAAUGAACCACAAUUUAAGAAUAAGGUCAUAGGAGAAAGUGAUAUAACUCUGCAUUGUAUAGACCAGAUUUAUGGGGUUUAUGAUGAGAAAAAGAAAUCUCUCUAUGGGCAACUGAAAAAAUACCCAGAGAAACUAAUCAUCUACUCUAAAGAUUUUAGAGUAUUUCACUUCUGUCUGAGAUGCACAAAGGAAGAGGAAGUAAAAAGGAUCGUCAGUGGCAUAGUACAUCAUAGCCAGACUCCUAAACUACUUAAACGCUUGUUUCUGUUCUCUUAUGCAUCAGCUGCACCAAACAGUCCAGAUGCAAAAAACAGAACUGUAAUGUUUGAUACUUUUAAAGACUGGCAUGAGGAGUUGGAAAGAACCAAGGGGAAUGUGAAAUAUGAAGUAGUGAGUGUCAAUGAAGGCUACAGAGUCUCUGAAAAAUUGCCAUUGUAUUUUGUUGUUCCCAAGUCUUUUCUCAAGUCUGUGACUGAAAGUAUCUUGGUGCACCAAGGGAGAGGCAUUCCUAUUUGGUGUUGGUCUUGCCAUAAUGGUGCUGCCCUCCUCAAAAUGUCUGCAUUUCCCAAAGAACAGGAUGACAGCGCUUUACAAAUGCCCAAAUUCUUGGAUGGAAUCUAUAAGACAAUUCAUGCACCUCCUUAUGAAGUCUUGAAAAUGGAUGACCUUUCAAGCAGCCUUCCAUCUCUGCAAGAUAUCCAAACUGCAUACACUAGAUUUAAACAAUUGUUUUUGAUAGAUAACAGCACACACUUCUGGGACACGGAUGUAAAGUGGUUUUCAUUACUGGAGAGCACAAACUGGCUAGAAAUCAUUAGACGAUGUCUGAAAAAAGCAGUAGAGGUGGUUGAACAGCUAGAAAGACAGACUACAAAUGUUCUGCUUAUAGAGGAGAACGCCUCUGAUUUGUGCUGUGUAAUAUCUAGCCUAGUCCAAGUGAUGAUGGAUUCGUACUGCAGAACAAAGUUCGGCUUUCAGAGCCUUAUUCAGAAGGAGUGGGUAAUAGGAGGACAUAGCUUUUUGGAUCGUUGCAACCAUUUGCGUAAAAGUGACAAAGAGGAGGCUCCUGUUUUCCUGCUCUUCUUAGAUUGUGUUUGGCAGUUGGUACAACAAUAUCCUCCAGCAUUUGAAUUCACAGAGACUUACUUAACUGUCUUGUCAGACAGCCUCUACAUACCUAUUUUUAGCACUUUCUUCUUCAACUCGCAACAUCAAAAAGACACUAUCGUGUCUGGAGAAAGCCACAAUGCACAAAGCAGCCCUUUCAGGCUUCUCACAGUUUGGGAUUGGUCUGUGCAGUUUGAACCCAAAGCACAGGCUUUGCUGAACAACCCUCUUUAUGCAGAGAAACCAAAACCAGAUAAAAGUCAACGGAAAACGACACGAUUCAAGCAUCACCGGCAGCUCUCUUUGCCACUGACACAAACUAAAUCUUCUCCAAAGAGAGGAUUUUUCAGGGAGGAAACGGAUCAUUUAAUUAAAAACAUUCUGGGCAAAAGAAUUAGCAAACUUAUAAACUCUUCAGAGGAGCUACAUAGUAACUUCAGAGAAUUUUAUGAUAGUUGGCACUGUAAACCUGUUGACUUUCAUGGGCUUCUGCUGCCUCACAUUGAAGGGCCUGAAAUCAAAGUCUGGACCCAGCGAUAUUUACGGUGGAUUCCUGAAGCGCAGCUUCUUGGUGGUGGUACAGUUGCCAUUGCAACUAAGUUCUUGGAUGUGAUGGAAGAAGUGCAGAAGUUGCAGAAGCAAAUGGAUGAGGAACAUAGCCAGACUGCCCCUGAAGAUGCAGAUGCCGUCCCAACUUUGAGAAAUUCUGCCCGUUUGUCAUCGUUGUUUCCAUUUGCUUUGCUUCAGAGACAUUCUCUCAAACCAGUUUUACCUACGAGCACUUGGAAAGACUUGGAAGAUGAGGAAGACUUGGCAAAGAGAGACGAUGAAUUUGUUGAUUUAAGUGGUGCAGAUUGAUUGUUCAAAUUGGUGAGAGAAAAAUCUAGGCAUAAAUUUGAGUCAUACCUUGCCAAUUUGGGGGCAUAAACAUUGGACCAUAUCCUGAUGUGAGGAGUAUGCAGCCAGCUUUAGCCAUCAUGCUAGAACUUUAGCCUAGCCCUUUAAUACAGAAACAGCUCCCCUGUUCUUACGUAGUCUAUGGACAGACAUUGGUACACUUAUUUCAGAAUAUUACAAGCAGAGUUUACUACAAAUUCAGGAGAAAUGCUGCCAUAUUCUGAAAUGGUGGUACUGUAGCAUACAUGUAGAAAAACACAAGCAGCUAUACUGCAGUCAUAAGGUAUCAGGCUACUGUUUACGUCCUUGAUGCAAAAUGCUAUUAUUGGAAGCAGGGGAUUGAACCAUCUCUGCCUAAUCUUUCUCAAUAAGGAGUAAAGUAAAUUGGGGAAAGAUGAUCACUUAAAUCCUUUGUAUAUAAAUGAGCGUAAACUUUUUUUAAGCUGAGGCAAUAUAAAGCCUAUGGUAGCCAGGGUUUGAUCCUGUAUACUGCUUACAGUUCAAGCUGAAAUUGUGCAUGGGACAAAGAUGUCAAAUGGAUAGUGCUUCUUUGGCCUACCAGGAUUUCGGUUGUAUGUGAAUUUUGGCUGUAUCUUAACCUCUGCUUGUCCUUUUAACUAAAGGAUAAGAUGCAAAGGGCUCUUCUACACAUCAGUCUGUUGUUCAUGCCCAUCCUGCCAUACACCCCUGCUGCCUUGGAAUACCAAGUCCCAGAUAUUUUGCUGCUAAUCGUAUGUAACGGUCUGAUUGAAAGACUCUAACUUGUCAGAGGAACCUUUUCUGUCAAAUGGAAUAGGCUUUCAUGCUAGUAUCCCAGUUUGUCAGUUGCCUUGAACCUUUUUUUUCUGUAGCUUGCACUGAGACUCUGGGACCCUUUGUUUAUAGAGGAAAAUAAUUUUGUAUCCUUACAAUAAAGCUGGAUUUGUAGUCUGUUGCCACUUGCUUCAUGAAUUUGUGGCACAGUAACUAUGAAUUUGAUUUUUUUUUUCUUUUUCUUUAAGUAAAGGCUGAGUAUUAGAAUCUGGUUGGUGGAUGUUGUUGUAACAGUACCUCAGUGAUAAAAGCCAUAAAGAAAUGUCUGUCAAAGCUUUUGAUCUACUGUGUUUGUUUGUGUGUGUAUAGCGCAUGUUUUUAAUUCACAUAGCUAUACUUUGUAAAAUCAAGUUUUUACUCUUUGAAAUAUCAAAUCCAUUUUGCACCCUUCAAAUUCAGAAAUAUCCCCAAAAUGAAGUAAUUCCAUAAUGCCUUUAAUUUGACAGGGUUGGUGAAUGUUCUCUUUCUAGUCUGUCACAUUAGAAGCCUGGCUGGAAAAGUGAGGAGCUGAAAAAUUUGGCACCAAAGACGAUGGUGCUCAAGGAACUGAUCCAGCAAUGUUAAACUAAGUUGCUAAGAAGCAGUUUUGAACUUUGCACUGAAUUAUUCUGUAUGUACAACAAAUGUUCUUUUUGCAACUUGCAAACCCAAGAGUAGUGUGCUGAGAAGGUGAGAGAAGUUAGACUAAUGCAACUGGAUGCCAAACUGAAGCUACAAGUCCUGGUUGCCUUACUGUGUUUUCUAUUGAGACUUAUUUAAACUUGCAAUAUUUUAUUUUUUAAAAUACACUAGCACUACAUUUAUUUUCAUAGUGCAUAUGAGCCUUCUUUAAAGCUAGCACUUGCUAGAAUUCUGUCUGCACUCGUCCUUUGAACGAUAGAUUCAUUUCUAUUACUGUAAUUGAAAAACAAGCAACUUGUGUAUGCAAUAAUCCUGCAUGGUAGUACAAGCAAUGUAUUUUAUGGGCAACAGUUACUUUAUCCUAAGAUUAUAAUUAAUGGGAUUUCUUUUACAAACACUGCCAUUGGAAACUUUAAUUUUGUUUAUAUAGAUUUUUUUCUAUGUACUUUUUUGACAGUCAAAUUAUUAAACUAUUGUAAUAUUUUCAGUCAAAUUAUGUAUUUAUGUAGGAAAACAGAUGUCUGACAUCUUAUUUGUACAGAAAAUUAUCUGAAAAGUUUAUAUAGAGGAGAGAUUUAUAUACAGAAUUGGAACAGGAGUAUGACUAUAGCAAAUGUAAAAUGAAUGUCACUGAGUUUCUGCACUGCAGGAUUGGAAAAAUACUUUGCUGUACUGAUUUUCCAAUUUUUUGUUUAUACCUCCAAGUUUUUACACUGAAUGCAAGCUAGAAGCUUUAACAGUUUUUUGUAUUUUUUUUUAAAUCUUUCUGUUGCUCUUUAAUAGACUAUUUGGAGAGUCUAUUCGUCAAUAAAAUACACUUCGACUUA